AUGGAGAAGACAAACGCUGGUGUGGGAGAUGGAAAUGGAGGUGGAAACAUUAAACUUCCCAUUGGGUUCAGAUUCCGUCCCACCGAUGAAGAAGUGCUUCUUCAUUACUUGAUAAGAAAGAUAUACUCUUUGCCAUUGCCGGCCACCGUCAUUACUCAACUUGAUGUUUUCAACUUCAAUCCCUGGGACUUACCUGGUGAUUUGAAGGAGAAGAGAUAUUUCUUCAGCAAGAGAAACAGGAAUGUAAUGAAUAAAUGCAGCAGUUUCAGUGCUGGCUUUGGUUACUGGAAAGCCACUGGCCAAGACAGCCAAAUUGUGGCUCCUGGAACCAACCGAGUAAUUGGAAUGAAGAAAUCCUUGGUCUUCUAUGAAGGCAACUAUUAUCGUGGUCGUGGAAUCAAAACUCAAUGGGCUAUGUAUCAAUAUUGCAUUCUGGCCUCUCUAAUUACUCCACGCUUAACUCAUCAGAAACUAACGUUGGAAGUGGGAGAUUGGGUCGUCUGCUGCAUAUACCAGCAGCAGGGGAAAAGGAAGGCCAAAAGUCUCGGUAUCAAUAACACAACAAAGAAACGUAGAAAUUCCGAAUGCAUUAGUAGUAUCAUUUUAAGGAUGGGAGAGGAUACUGACAUGGGUUCUUCUCAAUGUUCUAGUGGGAUCACUGAGAUUUCUUGUGCUGAUGACUUGUAUCUGGAAGCAAGCAGUCAUUAG